AUGACGGUGGCGAAGCUGGCGCUCGGCCAAGCCGGGCUACCAACUCCCAACUCUACAAAGUCGUUCUGGCACACCCAGCCGUCCCAGACCCUCCUGGGACAUCGAACGACAAAAUGCCUUCCAGCGGAAGCAGACCUGGUUAUUGUGGGAAGUGGGCUAUGUGGAACCAGUGCUGCUCAUUUCAUACGAGGGGACGAAGCAGGGAGAAAGCUCAAAGUCGUGAUGCUCGAGGCACGAGAAGCGUGCUGGGGAGCAACGGGCCGAAACGGAGGCCAUUGCCAACCGGUUGUGUACGGAAGCCCUCCGGAGAUCAGAGCUUUUGAAAUGCGCAACUAUCUACACAUCAAGGAACUUGUGGCCAAAAACGAGAUUCCGUGCGAGUGGAGGACGCUCUCUGUCGCCCACGCAUAUACGAACCAGGAGUUGUUCGAGCACCGCGUAACGGAGUUCGAGAACGCCCUCAACCAGAGUCCAGAGAUAUCAACGCUGGUUUCCGUCAUCGGGAAGGAGUCAACAAGCCCUUCGCUAGGAGACCUCCGGAUCCCGGACGCGUCGGGCGCGUUCCUUCAGAAACAUGCUGCGAGCUUGUGGCCCUACAAGCUUGUUUCCUGGAUGUUGGAGAAGCUCUUGAGAGAAAACUCAGACGCUUCUUCCCCCGAGUUCAACCUCCAGACCAACACGGCAGCCACGCACCUCCAGGAGGUGGGUGGCGGAUCCUGGAUCGUGCACACCCCGCGAGGGAUGAUCGGUACGAAGAGAGUCCUGCUCACCACUAAUGGCUACACGUCUCACCUGCUGCCUCACUUCCGCGAUCUGAUUGUCCCUGUGCGAGGAGAGAUGAGCAGUCUCGUUCCGCCUCCGACGAUGAAGCCCGGCAGUUCCAACCCACCCUUCGACUACUCGUAUGGCUUUGUGGGAAUCGGGCAGCAGAACGAGCCCCAGGAUGACUACCUCAUCCAGCGACCAUACGCCAGAAAUAACGCCGGUGGCGAGCUGAUGUUCGGUGGCGGGCGCUCAUACGCAGCCCAUGCUGGGGUUGGGGUGUCGGACGAUUCAUCCAUCGAUCUUCCUGCUGCCGAGUACCUCCGGACGGCAAUCAAUACCGUCGUCGAUAUCAAGAGCGAGCAGAAGGAACUCCAAGCUAGCUAUGAGUGGAGUGGUAUCAUGGGAUACAGCCGUGACGAAAGGCCGUGGGUGGGCGAAGUGACGGAAGACUUGGGUCUCGGUGGGGGCACAGGACUGUGGGUCAGCGCAGGAUUCACGGGCCAUGGGAUGCCGAAUGCGUUUUUGAGCGGGAAGGCGGCUGUGGAUAUGAUUUUGGGGAAGAAGGGGGACGAGGUAGACCUGCCACACGCAUAUCGGCUGAGCAAGGACAGGGUGCGAGAGGCGCGGAUGUUGGAUGAGGUGCACGUCGCGCACACCAGAGGCUAG